AAGUAGACGUAAUUACAAAACGCAAAAUUCUGAAAAAAAAUUUCACUAAUCAGGAUGAUUCCCUGCCUAAUGCUAAUCGCCGGAACAACAAUAAUAUCCCUAAUCAUUCCAAUUUUGAUCUAUUUUUUGAGAUUUAGAACCAGUAAAAAUGUCGCGUACGUAAUUGUUCUCGGUGAUGUCGGAAGAAGCCCUAGAAUGCAGUACCAUGCUCUUUCAUUGGCCCAGAAAGGUUUUCAGGUGCUAUUCUUUGGUUUUGCAGGGUCCACGCCCCACAGGGAUGUGCUAUACAACAAAUCAAUACAACUAGUCCAUUUACUACCUACCCCAGAAGUUUUUAAAAAACUACCAUCAUCAUUAUCGUUCGUGGCAAAAGUAAUUUGGCAGUCGUUAGUCUUGUUCACAUGCCUGACAUUUUAUAGGAGGCCAUCACAUGUUUUGAUUCAAAAUCCACCAGCCAUCCCUACAAUUUUAGUAUCUUUGAUAGCAUGUCGUCUGAGAGGGAGUCGACUGAUCAUAGACUGGCACAAUUACGGUUACUCAAUCAUGGCCUUGACAUUAAAAAACCCUCAACACCCAUUGGUCAGAGUUUAUAAGUGGUAUGAACGAAAAAUAGGCUGCCUGGCCGAUAGCCACACGUGUGUGACUGACGCUAUGAAGGAAGAUUUAAUGCAAAACUGGCAAAUUAGGGCUGUAACAGUGCACGAUAAGCCAGCAUCAAUAUUUAAGAGGUUGACAAUGCUAGAAAAGCAUACAUUCUUUCAAUCAUUUGAUCCAUUUAGAUCACCCUCCCCGUCGUCAUCAUUCUCACACAACAUCUUCACUAAAAUGAGACCGGAUGGAGAUGCUGAGUUUAGCGAGGGGAGACCAGUUCUCAUCAUCAGCAGUACCAGUUGGACUCCUGAUGAGGAUUUCAAUGUUCUUCUAGAGGCUUUAGAAGCUUACGAAGCAUUAUCAUCACCAUCAUCAUCAUCAUUAUCAUUACCUCCAAUUGUCUGUGUUGUAACAGGAAAAGGGCCAUUGAAAUCCCACUACACUAAAUUAAUCUCCGAAAUAAAUUGGGUAAAAGUUAAGAUCGUGACCCCAUGGCUGUCUGCCGAAGAUUACCCCACCAUGUUGGGCUGUGGUGACCUUGGGGUUUGCCUGCAUUACUCUAGUAGCGGGCUGGAUCUACCAAUGAAAGUGGUCGACAUGUUUGGCUGUCACCUGCCAGUCUGCGCUGUAAGGUAUAAGUGCAUCAACGAACUGGUGGUUGAAGGAAAGAGUGGAUGGCUGUUUGAUGAUUCUAAACAACUUUGUCAACUUUUUCUGGACUUAUUAAAAGGUUUCACAACAAAGAGCCGGAGGUUAGAAGAAAGCCGUGAUUGGCUGAGAGAUCAUCCAAUAGGAGACUGGGAUUCCAACUGGAAAAGGAACGUCGACCAAUUAUUUAAUUGAUUUUUUAUUUAGAUUAAUUUGAUUGGUUGAGAGAUUAUCCAAUCAGAAAACAGGUUAAGGGUUUCAAAAUAAAUUUGUAACUAAUUUUUUGGUUCAAUUCUAUUUCCGUAUGAUUUUAAGACUGGUUAAAUUAGAUG